UACGUUCUCCAGGGCUCAGACGUCACUUUCUGGGGCUUCUUCCUCCUUUUCAACCCUUCCACAUUCUCCCUUUCAUUCGCCUGGCCCGCGUUUCACUCCUCCCUUCCCUCGGCGCACCUGCCACGCUCCUGCUGCUUGCUUGCUUUCUUUCUUUCUUUCUUUCUUUCUUUCUUUCUUUCUUUCUUUCUUCUGUCCCUGAUUUCUGCUCCCCCUCCAAAGUGGAGGCCGGGGGGGGGGCAGGCCAGGCUGGGAACACGCCCUGUCUUCAUCCCGCCCCGUUCCCUCCUUCCCGGCGCGGGCUCCAGGAUGGGGGAGCCGGGGGAGCCCGGGGGGCUGCGGGACCUGGCGCUGGACUGGCAGUUCCUGCGCUCCACCAAGGGGGCGCUGCUGGGCACAGAGCUGGCCCUGUGUUUUCUGAUCUUCCUGCUGCUGACGGUCUCGGCCUCGGCCUACAUGGCGCCCGCUCUGCUGGAGGCGCUGCUGACGGCCGGCGCGCUGGGCCUGCGUCUCACCCGCUGCCCGGAGAGGGCGCCCCGGAUCCACUGGCCCUGCCUGACCUUCGGCCUCAUCCUCAUCGCCAUGUUUGCCUACGACGCCUUCAGCACUUACUGGGCUGAGAUCAGGCCGGAGCCAGCCCAGGAUGGUAACAGGAACCUGGCGUAAGAGGAAAAUUGCACCCCGCUGGGGACAGAAAUAACCCCCCUGAUCUCCCCCCCCAACUCUGCUGGUGCCCCUCACUCCUGACCCACAGCCCCUGCCAGCCUGCCCCUGCCGGUGCCCCUCACUCCCGACCCGCAGCCCCCUGCCAGCCCAGCCCUGCCCCCCGCAGCCCUGCCAGUGCCCCUCACUCCUGACCCGCAGCCCGUGCUAACCCAGCUCUCGCCCCCCCCCUGCCCUGGUCCUGGGCCCCCUGCAAGCCCCCCAGUCCUUGGGGCAAAGGGGCGAGGUGGGCUCUGGGUUUGCUUGUAUUUAAAUUGCGCAAAGGAGGAAAUUUCAGGUGCUUUGGUCUGGUA